AUGGGGAUUGAAUUGCUUUGCCUCUGUUUCCUAUUUCUGCAAAGAAAUAACUAUGUGCAAGGGACCUGUUCUCAGGAAAGCACAGUGACUUGUGAAGAUUGUUUGCUUUCCGGACCACACUGCGCUUGGUGUUUGCAAGAGAAUUACACAGACUCGUCUGGAAUUCAUGGGAGGUGUGAUACCCUGGAAAAUCUUUUGUCCAAAGGAUGCCAGCUGAAUUUGAUUGAGUUUCCCAUUUCAGAAGUAGAAAUUCACAAAAACGAUCCCCUAACUGCAUCAUCCCAGAAAAACAGUUCUGAUGUCACACAGAUUUCUCCCCAGAAAUUAACUCUGAGGCUGCGACCAGGACAUGAAGAAACAAUACAGAUCAAGGUUCGCCAGACUGAAGAUUAUCCAAUUGAUCUCUACUACCUCAUGGAUCUUUCAGCCUCCAUGGAUGAUGAUCUGAACACAAUCAAAGAACUGGGUUCAACUCUUUCCAAAGAGAUGUCAAAACUGACAAGCAACUUUAGACUGGGGUUUGGAUCUUUUGUUGAAAAACCAGUUUCACCAUUUAUCAAAACUACAGCUGCAGAAAUAAACAACCCUUGCAGAAGUGUACCCUAUGAGUGCUUACCCACCUUUGGAUAUAAAAAUGUUUUGCCACUAACAAAUGAUGCUGAAAAAUUCAACGAAAUUGUGAAAGGACAGCGAAUUUCUGCUAAUAUAGACACUCCAGAGGGAGGAUUUGAUGCAAUUAUGCAGGCAGCUGUUUGCAAGGAAAAAAUUGGCUGGAGGAAUGAUUCUCUACAUUUGCUGGUGUUUGUGAGUGAUGCUGAUUCCCAUUUUGGGAUGGACAGUAAACUGGCAGGGAUUGUUAUUCCUAAUGAUGGGAACUGUCAUUUGGACCACAAUAAUGAAUAUUCCAUGUCAACUGUUCAGGAGUAUCCAACAAUUGGACAAUUAAUUGACAAACUUGUGCAAAACAAUGUACUAUUAAUUUUUGCUGUAACAAAUGAGCAAGUUCACAUAUAUGAGAAUUAUGCAAAGCUCAUUCCUGGUGCUACUGUUGGACGACUACAGAAGGAUUCUGGAAAUAUUCUCCAGCUGAUCAUUUCUGCAUAUCAGGAGCUGAGGUCUGAGGUUGAAUUGGAGAUCCUGGGAGAGACAGAAGGGCUCAAUCUCUCCUUCACGGCCAUCUGUAACAAUGGGACCUUUUUUCCACAUCAGAGGAAAUGCUCUCAUGUGAAAGUGGGAGAUACAGUCUCUUUCAAUGUGACUGUUAGUCUCUCUUCUUGUGAAAAAACCAGAAGGCUUAUCAAGAUAAAACCUGUGGGCCUCAGCGACGUGCUGGAGAUGGAAAUUCAUCCCCUCUGCAGCUGCGAGUGCCAGGCCAAGGCCGAGAAGCAGAGCCCGAAGUGCAGCCAAGGGAAAGGCUCCCUGGAGUGCGGGGUGUGUGUGUGCAGCCCCGGCUACGUGGGGCCGCGCUGCGAGUGCCACGAGAGCUCGCUCGGUGCCAGCUCCUGCCGGGGCCCAGCCGAGCUGAGCUCCUGCAGCGGCAGAGGCGACUGCUACUGCGGGCAGUGCCUGUGCCACCCGUCCCCCUACGGAAAGGUCUACGGGCCCCGCUGCGAGUGCAAUGACUUCUCAUGCGUCCGGCACCGCGGCCUGCAGUGUGCAGGCAAUGGUGACUGUGACUGUGGGGAAUGCAGAUGCCACAGUGGAUGGACUGGUGAAUACUGUAAUUGCACAACUGAUACCAGCACCUGCAUUGCUGAGGAUGGGACACUGUGCAGUGGGAGAGGCGAAUGCAUCUGUGGGACGUGUGCUUGCACCCAUCCAGGGGCUUCAGGCCAAACGUGUGAAAAAUGCCCUCUCUGCGGUGACCCCUGCAGUUCCAGAUGGAGCUGUGUGGAAUGUCACUUGGCUGCUGAUGACAAGUCACUGGGAGAUUGCAGUGAAAAAUGCAAAUUGGUUGAUGCAACUGUCAGCAUUGAAAAGGAUUAUUCAGAGGAUAAAUCCAUUUCCUGCUCUUUGCAGGGGGAAAAUGAAUGUAUAACCACAUUUCUACUGGCUGUGGAUGAACAGGGAAGGACAGUCAUUCACAACAUAGAAAGGAAAGAUUGUGCACAGCAUCCAAAUAUCCCAAUGAUAGUGGUGGGUGUCACCCUUGCUAUCCUUCUCAUUGGCAUUGUUUUACUUUGCAUAUGGAAAUUACUGGUGUCACUUCAAGACCGAAAAGAGGUGGCCAAGUUUGAAGCAGAAAAAUCAAAAGUUAAAUGGCAAACGGAAACAAAUCCACUGUACAGAGGCUCAACAACCACUUUUAAAAAUGUGACUUACAAGAAUCAAGAUAUGCAUAAAAGACCCAUGGCUGCAGACUUCUAUUAG